AUGCAUUUGGGCUGCUUUGGCCUGAACUUGAACACGGCCUCGUCGGUCAAGCAGGCCAAGCGCGAGAGGCAGCCAAAGCGAAAGCGAAAAGAGCACACGCGCGCGGCGCAGCAACCCAACACAGCAAUCCAACUCUCGCCCGGCACCCUUUUCCAGCACAGCACAGCACAGCACAGUGCAGUGCAGUGCAGUUCAACGCGCGCGGCACAGCGGCUCGGCCGCCUUGAUUUCGCGAUGGCAGCGCAGUCGAGUCGGGCCCAGCUGAGCCCAGUCCAGCCCAGCCCAGCCAAGCUAGAGCUCAUAUCUCUCUCUGCUCCACACCUCCUUUGCCUCUUUGAUCCCACACCCACUCUCGCAACCAUCUUUGAUCUUCGAUCCUCGCCUUCGUCUUUCAUCCCUCGGCUUCUCAACACACGCACCCUCGUGUUUUACAGCUGCCAGUCACCGCUUCGAAGCUUUCCGGCACUCCCUCUGCGCUUGCUUUCGAUCGCCUCCUCCUCCUCCUCACGCGCUUGCAUUCGACCAUCCCGCAAUCCGCCUCGUCGCUAG